CUUUUGCAAUACGUAAGCGGUUUGUUGUAGUCGUCCUCCCGAAAAGGCUUGGUUCUCAAUGCAGUUAACUGAGACUUUAUCUCUCGCUCUCUACCAAGUAUUUUUCCAAUUAGUUUACAUUUAGCAAUCAAGACGUGUAACUUAUGCACUUAAAGUAUGAAAUUCAAAAACCCUCGAUCUAAUCAAAUUGCAGUUAUUAGCAGCACUGUUAUAUGUGUAGUACUGUUUUAUUUGCCGGCAUUUAAGAAAUACCGUAUGAGUGUACGCGAAAAUGAACAUUUGAAGAACUUGCAAAUUAGAGAGGACUCCAAGCUAGCUGGAAGGAAAGAGUGUUAAUGUGAAAAUGGCUCCAUGCAAAAAAUUAAAGAUUGAUGAUGAUAUUACUACUUCCCCACCUCCCAGUCAAGGUUUGGCCGAAGACCAGCCAAUGCCAGAAUGUCCUCAGCGCCGUCGCAGUGCACGUUUACAGCUGUUAGCCAAAUCUCGGAGCUUGUAUGAAAUGCAACUGCCCUUACCUGAUGACUACCUUGCAGAAUUAUCUUUGGAGAUUAUCUGCCGUAUUUUGGAUUAUUUACCACUCCGUGAUGUUCUUAAAAUGGAAUGCCUUAGCAAGAAAAUCAAGCAGGCCGUUGAUCUUCAUCUCCGCCUGCGACGAGUGGUUGACUUCACAGAAGGUAGUAUAUAUGGCUGGAUGUCAGAUAAAAUACAUGACUCAACCCUUGCUCACUUAAUCGGGCGGUGUACAGAACUGGAAUACAUUUAUGGCUUCCACCCUCAUUACAUUGGCCAGCGGAGGCAGCGAGGAGUUAAUAUGUUAAGUAUACCUGGUGUCGUUCAUGCCAUGUCAUCAGCUCCAAAACUGAAAGGGAUCGAAAUUUCAGAUAUUUUCUUGUUGGAAGCUAUUUUGAAAUAUCUCCCCAAGCUUGAAAUUUUGGGCACAUUUAAGAACCGUGACUGUUUCUUCCCAAUUUUCUGCAACAACAAACUGUCCCUGCUUUCAAAUCCUUUGAUUACAUCCUUGCACCUCACUGGAGUUGUCAUACCUGAAUUACCUCGUAUGCAAACUUUGAAGCACUUGUAUCUACGCUUUGUACGGCUCACUCAACACCAACCAUUUCGUGACUUUGCUGCUCCUUCCCUGCGGACUUUUGUUAUGGCCCAUUGUGCCGGACCUAUCAACCCUCUAAGGCAUGUCCCGUUGAUCACAUCUUUGGCUAUGGCAAAGUCACUUCAACGUUUGGAGCUACUCAGGGUGCCAUUUCUAGGUGGACUAAUUCAGCAUAUUGUGGAUGACAGUUGGCGUGUACAGGGCUUUCGAAACCUGCAGGCUAUUACAUUUGGUGCCUGUAAACAUGCUUUGGAAGUGGAUCUUGGUUUUCUAAUUAUUACCUGUGAAGCAAAACUAACCGAUCUAUGUGUGCAGCCAUCUCUAACAAAGGACAACCUCUUCUCUGCUCUCACUAUGGCUGAAGUUACAUUCCCAAAUUUCAAGUCUUUAACUUUAGGUUUUGUAGACUCUUUCCCUGAACCAGGUAAAUGGACUGCUGAAGAACUUCUGACAGAAGGUCUGGUUGAAGUACAAGAGAAUCCAGCUAUGAUCACAGAUAUUGGGAUGAAGGCAGUGGGACGUUGUUUUCCAUCUGUUAGCCAUAUGGAAAUCUAUAAUUGUCCUCACCUUCAUUACCCAACUUCUUGGUUUCAUCCAGAUACCAAUUGCUGGUCAAACUUGAAGAAUUUACAUCUCAGAAGAUGCCAUGCAAUACGGCUUGAAGAUUUAAAUGCAUUUAUACCAAUGCUUCCAUCUUUGUUGUCCCUACAUUUAGAAUUUAUGCUGAGAGAACCACCGAAAGGCUGUGCAAGAGUUGGCCUUAGUGCUGGGACUGGGCUUGGAGUUUCAUCUGCUCUUGUACAGAAUAAUGGAGCCGAUGCCCAUAACCAACCAAAUGCUGCAGGUGCUGGGGCUGCAAAUAAUCAAGGGGACCAACCUCCAGCUCAAGCUGCUCCUGUGCCUCCAGCAGCAGCAGCGGCCGCAGCAGCACCUGCGGAAGCAGAACCUCAACACAACAAUGCAGAGGCUGAAGCAGCAGCAGCAUACCCUCCCCCUCCUCCUCCAAUGUCACCUCCUCCAUUGCCACCUUCACCCCCACCGUUGCCACCUUCACCGGAACAACCUCCACCACCCCUACCACCACCUCCUGACCAACUUGCACCAUUGGCAACAUCAGCACAACCAUUGUCACCACCGCUAUUGCCUGAACACUCAACUUCACAGUCACCACUCCCGCUCUCUCGAGAUUCUUCCCCCCAUCAAUCACCUGUACAUUGUUCGUCACAUCCCAUCUCCACUUCUCAGUGUUCUACACCUUCAACCAGUCACAACUGUGUAGCCCCAUCUCAGCAGGAUUGCGCCACCAAUGUUGCGGGUAGCAGUUCUGGUUCAGUUCCAAGACAGAGUGGGAAGAAAAAUAGUCUUCUACGUAGUAAAGAAAAUUCUAGCAGCAGUCAGAAAUCAUGUGAAAUCAAUGAUAAGAAAAGUCAAGACGGUGAGUCAUCUUCUGAAGAUGGGCAGAGAAUUGAACCUGGGGACAGCAGUUCAAACAGACAUGUGCCUAACCAACUGGCUAUAGGUAAUAAUCACAGUUAUCUGACAGAGCAGAACAACUUGUACUCAGCUGUUAAGGCUGGUCCCUCAGGACUUAAUCAUACUUGUUGUUGUACUUCUGUCAUUGCAAACAAACGGGUCAACCAUCAUUUUGGUCAUAAAAACACCAAAGUGACAAAGUGUUCUGCAGAGAAGACUAGUAAGCAUACCACGAAAUCUGACCUGCACUCCAAAGGAGCAUACACCUGCUACAAUCCUUCAGUUCGUGUUAUCUCCACAGAUACAUCAUCUGCUCAGCCCUCAACAAGUGGCUUGAAUAUUUGCAAGUCUGAUUUUGUAAACAACGCUAGCAUUCCAUCUGUUGCAAGUGGAUCCUCAGCCUCAAAACAAUGCACCCACAGUAGUGGCAGCAGCAGCAGCAGUAGUAAUAGUAGUAGUAGUAGCAAGGGGAAAGAUGGAAUAGGUGGUCAUUGUAGUAGUAGUAGUAGUAGUAGUAGUAGUAAUGAAAACAAUAGUAUUAGUGAUGAUUGUUGUAGUACUAGUCGUAGUAAUGUUCGAAAUUGUUGUAAUAAUGUAAGUGAUGUUAGGAGUCACAACAGUGCCAAUCAGUGGUUACAAGAGAAACACAAGAAAAACUUAAUGAAUAUGGCUCAGAGGAAAAGGAUGAGGGAGCUGGACGAUUGCUGUCCUUCAUCAGCAGGAGGAGAAACGGAAGGAGAAUGUGCCAAGUCGCGUUCAUCUAACAAAGCCUUUUCAGAAAAAUUGUCAGCCUCCUCUGCAAUUUCUGGAGGGGAGUGCAGCUCAAGCACUACCACCAGCCACAUGCACAGGUGUAACGAAUCCUCAUCCGGUAAGAAAUAUCUUCACAAGUUCCUUUACAAAAAGGACAAACAUUCUGCAAAUGCAAAAUCCUCUGAAAGUUGUUCUCCUGUCUCUGAACCUCAGCCUUCUACAUCAUCAUCGACAUCUUCAGACACGGUGUUCGAUGUGGCGCCACCAACCUGUGAUAAAUCAGCUGAUGUCCCGCCAGCAAUAGGGGAUAAUAUGCAAUCUUCUGCUGAUACCGAUGCCUUAGUCAGCGGAAACCAUAGCGACAGUAGUAAGUGCUGUACAUUCAAUGAAAACAACCUGCCUUCAAGUUCUUGCAUCUCUCACUCUGCUGAAGCACACUUGGAAGUAAAAUGUGAGGGAAAUAGAAUUCCGACCGUGUCAACAAUGUCACCGAAAGGGAAGUGCCUUCGGAGUGGUUUCAGAACAGUCCUGAAGAGCAGUGCCAAGACAACAACUAAGUCCAAAAAAGGCUGUGAUAGUUCACCCUUACCAUUGCUUUCAUCUUCAUUACCUUCCUCUUCCUCCUCUACUUCUUCCUCAUCAUCAUCACCAUCAUCGUCAUCAUCAUCGUCGUCAUCAUUUUCUGGCAGUGGUCCUGUCAAAAUGAACCAGUCUUGCCAAGCUGUCAGUGAAGAAAUUCGAGAGACUACAAAGAAAGCAAAAGAAAAUGAGGAUGCCACUAAGUCAGCCUCACAUUCAGCUGAGAAUGCCAGUGGAAGUGAGAGAUCAUCAUCAUCAUCAGCAGCAGCAACUAAUAGCAACAAUUCUCAAAAUACCGGUAGUAGCAGCAGAAGCAGUAGUUCUGUUCGUGCUGCAUCAUCAUCGUCGUCAUCGUCAUCCACUUCAAAUUCAGUGCAGUCGGGAUGGACUGCUAGAUCAGGUCCGAAGUACAGCUAUACGCGUAAGUCAGUCAAACGUAAAAUGAACACCUGUGACCAAGCUACCAGCACCAGUGAUCCUGUACAGGAAGAAGAUCAUAUUCAGGUACUUGGAGUUCAGUCCAAGACUCUGACAACCCUGACAUUGCAUAUGGUUGGAAUAACAAAUCUCUGCCUUCUUGACUGUCCAAAUCUGGCUACCGUCUCAUGUAGUGCAUGUCGUGUGUUGAAGAAGAUCUCCAUUGGGAAGUGUCCCAAGUUGUCCAGGAUAUCUUUUGCACAGUGCAAAAAACUGUUGGAAGACCAGGUUAUCAAAGAGCUUUCUCCAUUGCCUUCUGAUAUAUCACGAGUUUUGUUUCUCAGACCAAUGCAUCAGCUACAGAUUCCCAUGACAUCGUUGUUUGGUCAAGAAGAUCAUUCUAGUGGCUACCACUGUCUGGUUAAAGACCAUUGCAAGCAGCCUUCUAUGAUGGUGCUGAAUAGAAAACGUGCAGAGAUUUUGGUAGAUUUACUUCCUAAUAUUAACAGCUGCCUGAGAGAGAUUUUAAAAACUCAUGAAAAUGUAGUGGUUCCAUUGGAAGAAAAAUGUCCAAGAUCUAUUCACAAUUUUGAGGAAAUCAAUGAAGAUGGAAGUGUAUUAGAAGUAAAAACAGACAUUCCAUGGUUGAAGUUCUUUUUGCAAAAUUAUUCUGACCAAAAGGAAAAGGACAUGCUGCCAAAUACUCCUGUUGGUCGAGAACUUGCAUCAGAGCGUUUACGACAGUUGGGAGAAAAUUUUAUCAAAGAAGGCAUCCAGGGCGAUUAUUGGUCUGACAGUGUAUUUCUCGUGUAUAUUAACAUGUGUGACAUCUCUGGCCUUCCAACUCCAGACCUUUAUGUAUGAACUAAUUUUGCCAGUGUGGGCUUGUACGAGGGAUAUAGAAAUAUUUUUCUCUUCCUCUCUCUCUCUCUCUCUCUCUCUCUCUCUCUCUCUCUCUCUCUCUUUCUUACACAAACACAUACACACACUGGUGUAUAUAUGUUAUUAAAAUAAUUGUAUAUGUAUGAAAAAAAUAACAUCAGAAAAAAAAAUGUAAGACAAAAUAGUUGAUCUGUAAAGACACUUCCUCAGUAUAUUUUGUAUCACUUGAAAUGUUUUAUCUACAAUUAACAUUUUAGUGAAAUUAUCUAUUGAAAAAUUACCUGUUACUUAUUGACAAUAUAGAUUUCAGUUUUAGAUUUUUGUUUUUUUUCCUCUUCCCAAACCUAAACUCUUACCAAAAAAAAAAAAAAAAGUAACUUAACCCUUUCAUUUCUAUAUUUCUAACUAAAAUACCCCACUAUGUGUUUCUAUUAAAUUCUACAGUAAUCGUGAGUUUAGAUGGCUUUCGUAAAAGAACUAUAACUUUUAUAUUUAUUAAAAUAUUAAAAUGCUAUUUCGAACACAACU